AUGUUUGACAAAAAGCCAAUGGUGGUUAAACCAUGGAGACCUGACAUUAAAUUUGACAAGCAGGUGGUUGAUAAAAUUCCUGUGUGGAUUAGAUUGAUGAAUCUGGAUAUCAAAUACUGGGGACAAAAUGCUGUAACAAAAAUUGCAGGAAUGAAAGGCAACCGUUUGAAAGCAGACAGAGCAACAACACAAAAGCAGAGGCUACGAUUUGCAAGAAUUUUGGUUAAAGUUGAACCAGAUAAGAUGUAUCCAGAUAUGGUGAUGUUUGGGAAUGAAUGUGGAGUGAUCAUUGAGCAAGAGGUUAUCUAUGAAUGGAAACCAGUAUUUUGUAAAGCAUGUGGAAACUUUGGGCAUGAUAUUAGAGAAUGUAGGAAGCAACUAAGGCAGGAUAAAGCAAGAGAGGAAAUCAACAAAGAAACAGGCAACAACAAUACAAAUGGCUACAAGGAGAAGGAGAAACCAGAGGAACAACAACACAAUGAAGCAAGGGACAUUACCCCAAUAGAAAAUGGGAGUAACAAAGACAAGAAUAAUGGAAUGAAUGAUGGUGAGGAGCGGUCUAAGGAAAGCCAGUUGGAGCCACAAGGAAAUGGUAACAAAUCAGGGAAGGUUGGGGGACCUAAACCCCACCUCCCUAAUGGAUAG